CUGACUCUCCUGACUUGCGAGAACUGCAUCUCGGUCCAAUACUGCAGCCUCGACUGCCAAGAUGCCGACUGGGGCGUUCACCAGGUCAUGUACUGCGUGAAACCAUCUAGCAUCCCCAUCGAGCAGUUGAUAGAGCCUCACAUCCCCUCCUUCCUCCGGACUUCUCUCCCGAACCCCUUUGCUCGCUUGAGCAAGGGCCUCUGGCUUCAUGAUCGCCACAAGAUCGACGUGUACGCCCUCCUCAUCGACUCGUUCCGGCUCCGAGAAGCCGACGACUACUGGUAUGCCGGCCUGAAGAAGAAGGAGAGCACCUUCAACGGAAAGGAGAGCUCAGUCUCUCCUUUCCGGGUGUUCUUGAGCUUGGCUGAGACCAAGGGACUAAUGCCCCCUUGGUGGUCGCACAAGAAGCGCGUCGAGUGCCUGGACAUGGGCCUCGACUCGAGCUCCGACAACUUCCACGACCUCUGUGCCAUGACCAGGGACAUUGAGGUCCUGGUCAUCUACGAAAGCGCCAUCAUGCUGAUGCAGCUCCGGAUGUUCGCCGAGUCUGUUUUGGGAACAGGCCCGGCCAGAACAAACGGGCAGCUGAUGCUGCAGAAGAUGGUGGUGGAGGAG